GUCAAAUGCUGUUUAUCUCUAGAGACAUACGGAGUACAACAUACUUAAAUAUAUGAAUAUUAUACCUUUACGUUUCACGGAUAUGAUACUUUUUCAAGGAGGCCAACCCAUGGAACGAUGUAUACAAACUUUCUGGUACAAUACAAUUCUUGGCUGCCUUGGAGUGAACCGAGAGCUGGCAACGACCCGUAGAGUCCCUGAUAAUAAGAGGGAAAUUCUCGCUUCCUACAAAUUCCUAUACGCUAUUUAAACUCCCAAGGUUUCCAACGUGUUGGAAUCACGACGCGAGGGGACCCAUAGAAGCUUCAAUAAAAGCGCCACGAGACUUUGUUUUGACACUCGGAUCGCUCUUGCUGAUGCGUUCUCUUUGUGUUGUCUCUCUUCAUGACAUUGUCGGUGUAGACAUCACAUAUGGCUCACCUGUUAGAGAUUUUGCUACAGAACCGAUGGGAACAGUGAUCUCGGUUCGGUUGAGCCGAUAUGCAUGAGGACAAUCGGUGACCCACUUUUUUGAUUAGUUUUUUGGUAUUUCUUUUUCCCUUUUCAACAGAUCGGACCAUACAUAUUUAGGCAUUAUUGUUAUCAGGUGGGCAUUCGGCUAUUUCGCAAUAGGCCACCGUCAUUUUCUUGCUCUGUGGUUGGUAUUGUUCC